AUGGAUGUUGCCGGUCCAUCACGGAUGCCUCCCAAGGUAAAGAAAUCAAAUUGGUCCGAAGAUGAUAAGUUUCAAUUGGUUUACGAAAUCGAGAAACGAAAACGUAUAAUUAAGAACAAAUUUAACAACAAUAUUACAAAAGCUGCUAAAAGAAAAGCGUGGCAGGAGAUCGCAUCCGUGAUGAAUUCGCGGCAUCCAUCGACGCUGCGCACUGUGCCGCAACUCAAAAAGCAGUGGCAGAACCUCAAAUCUCGCAGCCGCGCGGAACUGACCCUCUCGAAGAAAGCACACUCCACGACCGGCGCAGUGCGCAACGACCACACGCUGACACCGCUGGCUGAGGCUGUGCUGGCGGUCAUCGGUUCCACAAGCCCAAACCUUCUGGGUAUCGAAGGAGGCGUAGACACCGACGAGUGA